AUGUCUGAGCUUGGAAUCAGUUCAAAAGUCAACAAGGCAGCAGAUGAUGAGGGAAAGAGUGCUGAGUUUACCAGCAAAGAUGCCGUGAAGUUGAUCGCCAGUGGCAAGUUGAAGAUUCGCCGAAUGAUAUCUCUUAUCCCGAGCCUGCAGAAGAUACCCUUGAAGAAGACUGUUGUCAAGCGGCGAUACAACAACGACAAGCGAGCUGCGAACGCUUGUGCUGUCCCGAAGAAAAGGCCUUCUCCGGAGAAAGAGCGGCUCGAAGCCGUCCUGGCUUGCAGCCGCUGCAACUGCACCCGGGGCAACUGCUUCAAGCGACUUCGGGCUGAGAAGAAGCAGCUGCAGGAGUACUUUGUUUUUUCGGAGUUGGGAACUUUGCAAAAGGAUGAAGUUGAAGUCAUCACACUAAGAUUUACGACAGCUUUGCUACUGCGGGCAGCGAGCAAGUUUCUGAUGGCAAACCAGCAACACCGCAGCGGCUCUAGCAAGGAUGCGCCUGUGCAGCCGGACCUUGACAAAGAUGACCUGGCCCUGCCGGGCGAAGCUCUCGAGGAUGAUGAGAACCUAAGGCUUGAGGUGAACAUUGACCGGGAAGUUUGGAAUCGGCAUGUCACGACGACCCACGGCUUCAACAUCCAGAAGCUCCCACGGCGAUAUUUUCCGCCAGGCACUGUCAUGGACCUCUUCCGUCACUACUGUUCGACCCAGCCCAAAGAUCAUGCCUCGUAUUCUGUGUUCAAGAGCCGGUACCAACAGAAGUGGAAGUUCUGCUCGCCCUUCCGUCCGCAAUCCGCAUUCGCAGAAUGCAACCAGUGCUUCGAUCUGAUGCAGGAAAUCAAGGCAGAGAAGGAUCUUUGCAAAAAGUUCGGGCUGAUACGCGACUAUAAGGAUCACUUACGUGCGGUUGGUUUCGAUCGUGAACUUGAGCAACACCUGGAGGGGCUCGACCCGCACAGCAGCGAUGCCCCUAUUCUCGUACUGCAAUUUGAUGGAAUGGAUCAGGCGAAGUGGGCACUGCCACGAUUUCCCGAAAACAGAGGCUCCAAGUUCCUUCAGCAGUUCAUACGUCCACGGCUAAAAGUCGUGGGUGUUUGGGCUUCAAGAUACCUCCUCACUUUGUACCUCGUCGACGCAAACAUAGCCCACGAUGCAUCGCUUACUGUCGUGCUGUCGCGAAGCAUCGAGGAUAUCAUGAAGCAUUGCGACUCGAAUGGCCUUCGCAGGAAACUGGAAUCCCUGCUACGUCGACUGAAUGUCCAGUCCUGGGUCGGCCCGAAUGCGCUGAUGAAGGUUGUCGCCUUGGGACAUGUGAAGGACUGGCAGAAGUGGUUUCUCGCUCUGCAGUUAUGGGUUAACGACCCGGACGUCGCACCACCCAAAGAAGAUCCUAAUGUUCCAAGCGAUGCUCGCAUUCAUUCGGAAGGGCCGGUUGCACGGACCGUUGCGAAGUCUGACUUUGAUGUGAUAUGUUACGUGAAGCGAUACGCUUCGGAUGAGUCUGUUUCACAGAAGCCGCUCUUGGCUUUACCGCAUGCCUUCCUGUCCCGAUUGCCGGCAGCACUGCCUACUGAGCAAAGAGCAUUGGCACCACUAUCCGCUGCAAGGAGGAAACAGUGGCUGGCUCUAGCAGAGGAGCUCUUUCGAAGAAAGCGCUACUCUGCUGAAUCCAUCAGAUACCUCUUGAAGGCUGCUGAGGGUGGCACAAUUGUGGUCGAGGACGAAGUGCCUUUGCCUUGGCACUGUGCCGACCAUGAGCAUGGAAUUGUUCGUUUGGAGGAUGCUCCGCCGAAUACGUUCCUGAAGUUGUUUCCUGUUGCAAGAUUCAAGGCAACACUGCGAAGGCAAUUUACCAUGCAAGACGGUCCAGAGCAACAGCCACUUCACUUUUCGGUGGGUGCUGCCAUCAAAUCAAUGCCUCUGGCCAGCCGGAGCCAGGUCUGGGCAAAAGGCACGGAGCAGGAAAAAAAUCUACGGUUUCUCGAGAAGGCCCAAGGGAGAUGGGGUGCAGCCUGGGUGGUGGCACGACUGGUCCAGACUGUGGCCCGAGCAGCCAUCCGCCGAGCUGGGUUGGAUGAUAUCAUCGUCUUCGAGAACACACCACUGUUUCAGAUGGACAUCCUCCGCGUCUAUGACCUGUCCCAAGCUGCGGCCAGUCACAUGAGAACUGAGCUGGAAGCAUCCGCUGCUGGAAGCCCGAUGAUCGACGUGGGCAGCCUGCCGAACAGUGCAGCUUUCACGCUAGCUGGGAAUGCGAUGCAUGUAGCACAGGCAGGUGCCAUUGCAAUCAUUGCAGCCCUGUUCAUCGACCGAGUCUAG